UAUGCAAGAUAGGUUCAGAGGUAGAAAGCACUAUCCAACACAAAAUGUGUUAGCUGCUGUGGAUUUCGAUCUUAGGUUCAUAUAUGUAUUGGCUGGAUGGGAAGGAUCAGCUCAUGAUUCCUUUGUGCUCCAAGAUGCUUUGUCACGCCCCUCAGGAUUAAAAAUUCCAGAAGGUAUUAGUGGAGUAAUUAGUAUACCAUAUUUUGGCUCUUAAAAUGAGUAGCUAAUGUUAGUUAAAUUCAAUUGUAGGUCACUAUUUUUUAGCUGAUGCUGGAUAUGCUACUAGAUCUGGCAUACUACCUCCUUAUCGAGGUGUUCGGUACCAUCUUAAGGAGUUUCAGGGCACUAGACGGCCAGAAAAUCAGAGGGAAUUACUCAACCUUCGUCACUCCUCUCUUAGGACAACAGUUGAGCGGGCAUUUGGAACACUCAAGAAUAGAUUUAAGAUAUUAACAAGUCAACCAUUCUUCCCUCUAAAAACACAAGUAAAGAUAGUUUUGGCUUGCUGCACUUUGCACAACUUUAUAAUACAUGAGGGACCUGAUGUUUAUGUUUAUGAUGAUACGACAUGGUUUAACACUCUUCCAAGAAGCAAUCGUCACCAUGUUGAUAUGAACAUAGACAACCAACAGUGGGCAAAUAUGCGUGAUCAGUUAGCCCAACAAAUGUGGGAUGAUUGGAAUCAAAAUUGAUGUACUAUGUGGCUGUUUGCAGACCUACUUAAGUGCAUUUUGUAGCUGUUUUCAGACCCUAUUUAAGUGUAUGUGUGGGUGUUUUGAGACUCUAAUCAUUUUGUAUUGUGUGGCUGUAUUAUCAUACUUAGUUAAGUGCAUUUUGUGGCUGUUUUGAGACUCUAAUCUGUUGUUUAAUUCAAUUAUAUGGUUGUAUGCUGACCAUGUUUUUUUCCAUAUAACUAUACAUACAUAAACUGAUCUUUAGUUCAGCUAUGGGCAAAGGGAAAGAAAAGGCUGCAGGUGGUGGUCCAACUCGUGAGAGAACCAUUGUAUGGGAUGAGGAUCAAACUAAGUUUAUGCUUGGUUGGUAUAUUGAUUAUAUAAAGGAGCAGCAUGCUGGUUUUAAGCUUAAAAAACAGCAUCACUUUAAGUGUUCUGAAGCGCUGAAUAGGCAAUUCAACAUGGGGGUAACUGUUACGCAAGUUGAGAGGCAUUAUAGGCACUACAAGGAAAAUUGGAAGUUCAUUGCAACAGCAUUAGGCAAGAGUGGGAACUCCUUUGACAGCUCAAGGUCUAUGGUCAUCAUGUCUGAGUCAGAUAAGGCUAAACUAAGUGAUAGGGUAAGAAGACUCCUCACCAAGCCUAUAAAAUUUUUCAAUGAGAUGCAAGAACUCUUUCAGAACAGCAGUGCGGAUGGUUCGCUUGCUAUGGAUGCCAACACUUGUAUGAAUGACACCCAAGAUGACGAGGAUAAUGAUUAUGAUGAUGAUAUUUGCAAUGACUUCUCCAACUAUGCUCAGCGUGAGGAUGAUCUAGGUGAUGAUUCUGACACUUUACCUUCUCCUAUAAGUGGUCAGCCUGUUAUGGCUUCACAAGUGGCUGAUCUAAGCUCAUCUAGCUCUGGAAUGAAGCGCCCAAGAAGUGAGGGUCAGCCACCUAAGAGAGAUGUGAGGCUAAAGAGCCGUAUAUCAAAGGUUGGAGAUACAAUUGCAGCUACUUUGGUGGAACUUCAAAAGGAAAUGAAGAAGCCACCGCCCCCUCCACCAGUUAUGCGUAGCUCUGAUGAUAUAUUAUGGGAAAGGCUUGAACAGAUGACAUUAACUACUGACCAAAAGUUGAUGGUUGGAACAUAUCUAGCAGCCAAAGAACAAAAAGGUAUGCGUGGUUUCUUAUCGGCUUCAGCUGAGGUAACAUUUCAGUCAUGGGUACUCAAGUUCCUUAGCGAUGCGGGGCUGUGAAUUGGCUUGGUGUGGGUGCUGCUAUUUUGUUGAAGUGCUCAUAUUCAUCGGAGUACUCAAGAUGGGUGAUGCGAAUGGAGGCUGACCGCUGUGAAUGGAGGCUGACCAUAGGAACUUUUGUUAACUGCUAGUGCUCUACUAUUUUGUUAAUCAGCACCAUUGUA